AUGGAUCCACUUUCGGGUGCAGCAAGUGUUAUCGCAGUUAUCCAGUUAACCGGAGUUAUCUUACAAAUAUGUGAAAAAUAUCUCAAUAACGUCAAGAGCGCGAAGCAGGAUAUUCAGCGUUUCCAAGAGAAGGUCGCCGCCCUUUCACAAGUCCUUCACUCUCUCGAUGAGCUGAUCCGUGGAUCUGAUGGCAACAAACUUACUGCUACGCAAGACCUGGUCGACAAUAUUGCCAAAUGCUCCUCAGCACUUACAAAUUUGAAAGAGAGAAUCAAUCCGGAAACGACGCAGAAACAGAUGAGGAAAUGGGGCCUUCGAGCCUUAAAAUGGCCACUGGCACGGUCGGAGGCAGAUUUUGCUAUCAUGGAGCUUGAGUCGUACAAAACAACAUUUGCUUUGUCCUUGCAGGUUGAUCAAACGUAG